CUGGUGUGCCAGACCUCCUGGGGGCCGUCUGCCCGACUGCCCCUGACUCCGGCAGCGGGGUCCCCGAUGGCAGUGGGCGCCUCCCCGUGAAACCUGCCAAGCUGGACGCCACAGCUCUGCACGACGACACUUUGGCCAACUCCGUGCCCCCUUCGGAGGCGUCCAACCAUGCAGUCCUAGCCUGCAGCCCGGGCAUCCCUGAGGAACACUAUGUAAGCGAGGCUGUGGAAGAUGCUCCCGGCUGCAGAGGGUACCGGGAUGCCUGCACCAUCACUGACGUGUGCAACAGCACUGACCUUCCGGAAGUUGAGAUCAUCAGCCUGCUGGAGGAGCAGCUGCCCCAUUACAAGCUAAGAGCUGACACCAUCUACGGUUAUGACCACGACGACUGGCUCCAUACCCCCCUCAUUUCUCCAGAUGCCAACAUUGACCUCACGACCGAGCAGAUUGAGGAGACGCUGAAGUACUUCCUUUUAUGUGCUGAAAGAGUUGGCCAGAUGACUAAGACAUAUAAUGACAUAGAUUCUGUAACUCGGCUUCUUGAGGAGAAAGAGCGGGAUCUAGAGUUGGCUGCUCGGAUAGGCCAGUCGUUGUUGAAGAAGAACAAGACGCUAACCGAGAGGAAUGAGCUGCUGGAGGAGCAGGUGGAGCACAUCAGGGAGGAGGUGUCACAGCUCCGGCAUGAACUGUCCAUGAAGGAUGAACUGCUUCAGUUCUACUCCAGCGCCGCAGAGGAGAGCGAGCCGGAGUCUGUGUGCUCCACCCCGUUGAAGAGGAAUGAGUCAUCCUCCUCCGUCCAGAAUUACUUCCAUCUAGAUUCUCUCCAGAAGAAGCUGAAGGACCUUGAAGAGGAGAACGUUGUACUUCGAUCAGAGGCCUGCCAGCUGAAGACGGAGACCAUUACCUAUGAAGAGAAGGAACAGCAGCUGGUCAACGACUGUGUGAAGGAGCUGAAAACCAUUCUCUCUGGCUCUUGCGACUGUCGUUUCUUGGUCAAAGGGGAUGCCAACGUGCAGAUUGCCAGUAUCUCGGAGGAACUGGCCAAGAAGACGGAAGAUGCUGCCCGCCAGCAGGAGGAGAUCACACACCUGCUCUCCCAAAUAGUUGAUUUGCAGAAGAAGGCAAAAGCUUGUGCAGUGGAAAAUGAAGAGCUUGUCCAACACCUGGGGGCCGCCAAGGAUGCCCAGCGGCAGCUCACGGCCGAGCUGCGCGAGCUGGAGGACAAGUACGCCGAGUGCAUGGAGAUGCUCCACGAGGCGCAGGAAGAGCUCAAGAACCUGCGGAACAAGACCAUGCCCAACACCACGUCCAGGCGCUACCACUCGCUGGGCCUGUUUCCCAUGGACUCCUUGGCGGCGGAGAUCGAGGGAACCAUGCGCAAGGAGCUGCAGCUGGAAGAGCCCGAGUCGCCAGACAUCGCUCACCAGAAGCGAGUCUUUGAGACCGUAAGAAACAUCAACCAGGUCGUCAAGCAGAGGUCUCUGACCCCGUCCCCCAUGAACAUCCCUGGCUCCAACCAGUCCUCGGCCAUGAACUCGCUCCUGUCCAGCUGUGUCAGCACCCCCCGGUCCAGCUUCUACGGCAGCGACGUCGGCAACGUCGUCCUUGACAACAAGACCAACAGCAUCAUCCUGGAAGCAGAGUCAGCAGACCUGGGAAACGAGGAGCGGAGUAAGAAGCCGGGCACGCCGGGCACCCCGGGCUCCCACGACCUGGAGACGGCGCUGCGGCGGCUGUCCCUCCGCCGGGAGAACUACCUCUCGGAGAGGAGGUUCUUCGAGGAGGAGCAGGAGCGGAAGCUCAGGGAGCUGGCGGAGAAGGGCGAGCUGCUCAGCGGCUCCCUGACGCCCACCGAGAGCAUCAUGUCCCUGGGCACGCACUCGCGCUUCUCGGAGUUCACCGGCUUCUCUGGCAUGUCGUUCAGCAGCCGCUCCUACCUGCCCGAGAAGCUGCAGAUCGUCAAGCCGCUGGAAGGUUCUGCCACCCUUCACCACUGGCAGCAGUUGGCCCAGCCUCACCUCGGGGGCAUCCUGGACCCCCGGCCUGGUGUGGUCACCAAGGGCUUCCGGACGCUGGACGUUGACCUGGACGAAGUGUACUGCCUUAACGACUUCGAAGAAGAUGACACAGGUGACCACAUUUCCCUCCCGGGCCUAGCUACCUCCACGCCAGUUCAGCACCCAGAGACCUCAGCCCACCACCCUGGGAAGUGCAUGUCACAGACAAACUCCACCUUCACCUUCACCACCUGUCGCAUCCUGCAUCCUUCAGACGAGCUCACGCGGGUCACGCCAAGCCUUAACUCGGCCCCGACUCCAGCUUGUGGCAGCACCAGCCACUUGAAGUCCACGCCGGUGGCCACGCCGUGCACUCCGCGGAGACUGAGCCUGGCCGAAUCCUUCACUAACGUCCGUGAGUCCACGACCACCAUGAGCACAUCCCUGGGGCUGGUGUGGCUGCUGAAGGAGCGGGGCAUUUCCGCGGCUGUGUACGACCCCCAGAGCUGGGACAGGGCUGGCCGGGGCUCUCUCCUGCACUCCUACACCCCCAGGAUGACCGUGAUCCCCUCUACCCCGCCCAACUCGCCUAUGCAGUCGCCCACGUCUUCCCCGCCUUCCUUCGAGUUCAAGUGCACGAGCCCUCCCUACGACAACUUCCUGGCCUCCAAGCCAGCCAGCUCCAUCCUGAGGGAGGUGAGGGAGAAGAAGGCGGUCCGGAGCAGCGAGAGCCAGACCGACGUGUCUGUCUCCAACCUGAACCUCGUGGACAAAGUCAGGAGGUUUAGUGUGGCCAAAGUGGUGAACUCGGGGCGAGCCCACGUCCCCACCUUGACUGAGGACCAGGGACCUCUCCUCUGUGGGCCCCCGGGCCCCACGCAGGCCCUUGUCCCCGGAGGCCUGGUACCCGAGGGCCUGCCCCUUGGAUGCCCCACCGUCACCAGUGCCAUCGGCGGGCUCCAGCUCAACAGUGGCAUCCGACGGAACCGCAGCUUCCCCACCAUGGUGGGGUCCAGCAUGCAGAUGAAAGCCCCCGUGACGCUCACCUCGGGCAUCUUGAUGGGUGCUAAACUCCCCAAACAAACUAGCUUACGGUGAGGCUGGGAGAAGGCCCUUCCGCUAGAGGAAACCCGUCUUGCUCCCGCCUCCCUCUCCUCCCCCCGCACUGCGCACGCUCCCUCUGCUGUCCUCUGUACGUCCCCUCCUGAGCUGGACAAAUCAACCUCGUGCCUCAUGGGGGCAGAGUGGAGACUCUGUAAAAUGUGUACAUAGGACCCGGAGACCUGUAUCCGCCCUGCCCUUCCUUCGAAUCCCACGGGAAGCACCCCAGCACCGACAUCGCUCUCUUGAGGACUUGGCCCGUGCUGGCCGGGGGCAGGGGCAGCCCGGUGUCUUUCCUUCUUCUUUCCUUUGAGAAGCACUGAACCCCCCCCCCCCACCACCUCCAUGUGUGUUCUUAUCCCAUGGAUAGGAAACCAGUGAAUCUGUGGCUGGCUGCCGGAGCCACACAUCCUGAGCUGUCACGUAGCACAGUGGCUGUGCCGCCUGGUGUCACUGGGCACCUGGCCUCACCCUCCCUGUAAGAGUGUAAGGGGCCUCCGUCCGCUGCCACGUGCAGCGGCCCCAACGGACGGUCGCUUCUUUUCUUGAGCUGUGACUUUCUCUUCUCAUGCCUUCAACCUGAAUUCAUCCCUCCAUGUUUUGUAAUCCACUGUCGGACCAGACGUCUGACCUGAAAGAGAAUGUAUUUACACUCCUGCUGCACCGUUUGGCAGCCCCUGUGUGUUCUGUGUGAUUUGUUUUAUUUUUCUGCGUUCUGUUUUGUUUUUUUAAUAUAUGCAGGGAAGUAAUGGUACUAGAUGGGAAGUCGCAGUGAAUGUUCUCUCUGUGGUUCUGUGACACCAAAAUACAAGUUUCAGACACACCAAGCCGCUCCUGAGAUAGCAGCUUAUUUCUGGGACCCAGUGUCACAACCAAAUUAAGACCAGACCCAAGGCGAUUUUAACAAUAGGAUCAUAAGGAAAGGGGGUUGGGGAAAGGUGGUGGAUGAAAUUUGUCAACAGCAUAAGUCAAAGAGAAGAACCACGGCCAAAGGUAACACCAAACUGGUUCACAGAGAAAUGAGGCUUUGGCGGUCCUCUUGUUCUGGUCCUUGUUCUGGACCUGAGACCAGUGAGCAUGCUUUCACGUCUGUGGUCUUCUUCUGCAGCCAUUCGAUGCCCUCAAAACACGUUUUGCCCUCUUGUUUCAGAACAGAGUGGUCCCCAAAAGCCCUUUGUGUCCUUGUGCCACUUUUUAUCCUUAGGAAAAGGUAGAGGUGUUGUGAGAAGAACCGUGAACAAACAGGGAGUCUGGUCCCAUCGCUGUCACUGACUAAGUUUCAAACUUUUAUUUAUUAUUUGUGUGUGCUGUAUUUUAAACAAACAUCUUCUGUCCUCUCCAGCUCGGUCACAGCGCGCCUGUGGCUUUCCAAUCCAAGCAGGUCAUUUAUUUAUUCUAAUCUGAGGACUGCACUGCACAUCACGGUGCUCUGUGGCCAUUUGUUCCAGACAUUUAUGGAAGGAUAACAUCAUAUGCAAAUGAAAUCGUCCUUUUGCACCCCCCGUCACCCUCCUCCCACCACCCUUGGCAAAAGAUGUAUCCUUCAAUUGAGUGAGUGUGACCUUAUGUCCACUGAAGAUACUUUGAGAAAGUCCCCAGGAGCAAGCUUCGGUCCCAUGAUUUCAUACUAUUUAUUCUCUGAACACGAGGGUGUUGGUUAAUUGUGUUUUCAACUCUCCUCGCUGUGGUAUGUGUGCACUCACUGCAAGGAACUUAUAUCUUUUUAUUUGAAUGUAUUUUAAAGCAGUAGGUAGAAUAACAAGGGAAUAUGAAAACCAUGGAUGGAACGGACCAUUUUAUGUAUUCAGAGAGAGGAGCCACCCAUCAUCACAAAGGAGAUACCCGUGUAAAAAUCAACAAUUCGGAGGUUGCAGUAUUUAGUAUAGUUAAUAAAUGAUCAACAUUGUGCAACCACUACCAAAAAGUGUGUUGUAAUGCAUCCAAAAUCAACAAUAAAAUUUUAUUUGCUAAUGAAUACCAAUAAAAUAAGUUCAAAUGAUGGAAACCA